AUGCAAAAUCGCGGUGAAGUUGUUAUACAGCGAUUGAGUCUACUGUAUCAUACUAUUCUUCGGCAUUACUCCACAAACCAGGGCUACCUCAAAAGCGCUUGUAAAAUUGCUGCCGCCUCGUAUGUGAUUUAUUCAGGAAUCCAGAAAUUGUAUGUCGCAUUCUUUGGACCGUUGAGCAAGGUGCCAGGCCCAUUCGUCGCCAAGUUCAUGGGUUUACCAAGCCUAAUUUACGACAUGCCAACAGGCACAUUGUUUGCUAGCCUGAAGAAAUUGCAUGAUAUUCAUGGUGCAAUUGUACGCACAGGCCCCAAAAGCAUUUCAGUCGCGGACAAGGAUAUGAUAAAGCAGAUUCUGGUUCAUGAUGACCUACCUAAAGGACCCAUCUAUGCGUUCCUAAGAAAGAGUGGAGAGACCAUGCUCAGCACCGAGAACAGAGAGGUUCACAAAAAAAAGAGAAAGAUGGCUGCCCAUGCUUUCUCAAUCAAGUAUCUCAACUCAUUGGAGCCAUACAUGAAGAGUGUUUCAAAGAGUAUGAUUGAUCAGGUACAGAAAGAUAUACAAAGCACUAUUGAUGAAGAGGGCUACGGAACAGUUGACCUUUGGCGGAUCAUGUCUUGCACUGCACUAGAUAUCAUUGGAGAAACAGCCUUUGGAGAGACUUUUCAUAUGCUUGAAGAUGGCACACAUCCUAUACCCAAACUUGUGAUGCUACGAAUGAAAUUAGGAGCUUAUGUAGCUGCUUAUCCAGCUUUCCUAAAGAUGUUUAUCAAAGGCCCCAACCCAAAGAUCAUAAAUUUUGUCAAGGGAAUCUAUGAGAAACGAAUAGGUAGCGGUGAAAAGAGAGAUGACAUACUGCAAGCCAUGGUGGACAUGCAAAACGAUUCUGAUCCGGAGAAAUGCAUGACUACAAGGGACUUGGUGAGAGAAACAUUCCUGUUUUUAACAGCUGGAUCAGAUACAACCGGUAAUACACUUGGAUUUGCUUUGAUCGAAUUGCUUCGUAAUCCAGAUAAAAUGGAAAAGCUUCAUCAAGAGAUUGAUACCCUUGCUUUCAUGGAGGGAACAGAGCUAUUUUACAAUGGGCAGCUGAAGGCGUUGCCCUAUCUGAAUGGCGUAAUUCACGAAACGUUACGUCUUUGCCCUGUACCUGGCGUUGGGUUGCAGCGAAGAACCGAAAAGGAAAUCAAUUUGAGAGGCGAGUUGGUCUUGCCCAAGGAUAUUACAGUUACUGCAAACUUGUAUCAUGCUCACAACAACAAUGCAUACUGGCCAAAUGCUUCCAAAUUCAUUCCUGAAAGAUGGAUUCCAGGAGAGGAUGCUUACAAUCAAGUUAUAGAUCACGAUUGCCUUUUCACAUUCAGUGCAGGAUCAAGAAACUGUAUUGGCAAGAAUUUUGCACUGCAAGAAUUGCGUCUUGCUUUGGCCAACUUUUUCAAGUAUUACGCGAUAAAGCCAAUCCCAAAAGAGAUGGAGGAAGCCAAUAACUUGAGGCAAUACAUUACCUUGACCGUAGCAAAGGGCAGUUUCCUUGCUAAAGUCAAGCGCAGAACAGAGGCUCCAUUAUCUGCCUUGUAA